AUGGCUCUUCAGAAAAAAACUGUUGCUGGUGUCUUGGAGGAGUGGUGUUUGGAGGAACCACUGUUCAGUUGCAGACGGCACCAGAAUGUUAGGAAAAAACUGAGACUGAUAAGAAUUAUAGGGCUUCUUGUCAGUGUAGUGGCCAUUAGUAUUUUCUCUCUUUCAGUUGGUGCCUUUUUCAAGAUGGAACCACAUAGCAUGGCGUUGGCCAGCAGCCUAGAUAGCCAAAAGCUGGUGCGUGGGCACCAAAGAACUCUGUUGGAUUUCACAGAACAGAAUGAAAACGUCAGUCCAGACCAGCACGCUUCUAUGAAAUAUGGAGCUGAGCACGACAAUGCAACAGGUGAUGAUGCCAAGGGAGAAUACCCUGAGGACCUUUUCUCUCUUGAGGAGAGGCGAAAGGGAGCAGUCAUCCUCCAUGUAAUUGGAAUGAUUUACAUGUUUAUAGCCUUAGCCAUAGUCUGCGAUGAAUUCUUUGUUCCUUCCUUGACUGUCAUCACUGAAAAACUGACCAUAUCUGAUGAUGUGGCAGGGGCAACCUUCAUGGCUGCUGGUGGGUCAGCCCCAGAACUCUUCACUUCUUUAAUAGGAGUGUUUAUAUCCCACAGCAAUGUCGGCAUUGGUACAAUAGUGGGAUCUGCCGUGUUCAAUAUCCUAUUUGUUAUUGGAAUGUGUGCUUUAUUUUCUAGAGAGAUCUUGAACCUUACUUGGUGGCCACUGUUUCGAGAUGUGUCCUUUUACAUCAUUGACUUGAUCUUGCUGAUCAUCUUUUUUCUGGAUAAUUUGAUCAUGUGGUGGGAAAGCUUAACACUCCUGACAGCAUAUUUUUGCUAUGUGACUUUCAUGAAGUUCAAUGUUCAAGUAGAAGAAUGGGUGAAGAAAUUUUUAAACAGGAACAAGGUUGAGAAGGUAACAACAGCAGACGCUGAAGGAAAGUCACCUAAUGCUGGCGACAAGGAUGACCAAACAUUGACGACCAAGCCACGGCUCCAGCGAGGAGGAAGCUCUGCAUCUCUCCACAACAGUCUAAUGAGGAACAGCAUCUUCCAGCUCAUGAUUCACACACUUGACCCGCUUGCUGAAGAGCUUGGAUCAUAUGGAAACCUAAAAUAUUAUGACACAAUGACUGAAGAAGGAAAGUUCAAGGAAAGGGCCUCCAUUCUGCAUAAGAUUGCCAAAAAGAAGUGCCAGGUGGAAGACAGUGAAAGGCAGAAUGGAGCUGCUAAUCAUGAAAAAAGUGCAAAAGUGGAAGUUGCAGUAACACCACCAAGUGAUUCAGGACCAGUGCAGAAUGGAAUUGCCCAUAACGUUGAAGAAGAGAGUGAAGAGGAUGAGGACCAGCCUCUCAGCCUGGCCUGGCCUGACACCCCACGCAAGCAGCUCACCUACCUUCUUGUGUUACCUAUUGUUUUUCCACUGUGGGUUUCCCUCCCAGAUGUCAGAAAACCUAGGUCAAGAAAAUUUUUUCCUAUCACAUUUUUUGGCUCUAUCAGCUGGAUUGCAUUUUUUUCUUACUUAAUGGUCUGGUGGGCACAUCAGGUUGGAGAGACUAUUGGCAUUAGUGAAGAAAUCAUGGGAUUGACUAUUCUAGCUGCUGGCACAUCCAUUCCUGACCUUAUUACCAGUGUUAUUGUAGCACGCAAAGGUCUGGGGGACAUGGCUGUAUCCAGUUCUGUUGGAAGCAACAUAUUUGACAUCACAGUGGGCCUUCCUCUUCCGUGGCUCCUGUAUGCUGUGAUUAACAGCUUUGCCCCGGUGACAGUCAGCAGCAAUGGUCUGUUCUGUGCAAUUGUCCUCCUCUUCAUCAUGCUGCUCUUCGUCAUCCUCUCCAUCGCUUUCUGCAAGUGGAGGAUGAAUAAAAUCCUGGGCUUUCUCAUGUUUGGGCUUUAUUUUGUGUUCCUGGUUGUCAGUGUCCUCCUGGAGGACAAAGUGAUCCAGUGUCCUGUCUCCAUCUAGUGGAAAGUGCUAU